GAGGCUGACGUCUGGCCCGGGGCCGCUGAGUGUGACCGACGGGGUCGGGGGGCGCCGGGCGUCGGCGCCUUCGCGCGGACCAUGUAUUUCCUAAGCGGCUGGCCCAAGCGGCUGCUCUGCCCCUUGGGCAACCCGGCUGAGGCGCCUUUCCACGUUCAGUCCGACCCCCACAGGACUUUCUUCGCCGUGCUGGCCCCGGCCCGCCUCAGCAUCUGGUACAGCCGACCCAGUGUGUUAAUUGUAACCUACAAGGAACCUGCAAAAUCAUCUUCUCAGUUUGGGUCCUAUAGGCAAGCUGAAUGGAGGCCAGAUAGUACCAUGAUAGCUGUGUCAACAGCACAUGGCUACAUUCUGUUUUUCCAUAUUACCUCAACAAGAGGGGACAAGUACCUUUAUGAACCAGUAUAUCCCAAAGGCAGUCCACAAGUGAAGGGGACACCCCAUUUUAAAGAAGAACAGUGUGCUCCAGCAUUAAAUCUAGAAAUGAGAAAAAUACUGGAUUUGCAAGCACCCAUUAUGAGUUUGCAGUCUGUACUGGAAGAUCUUCUGGUUGCUACUUCUGAUGGACUUCUUCAUCUUAUUCAUUGGGAGGGGAUGACAAAUGGAAGAAAAGCCAUUAACCUUUGCACAGUGCCCUUUUCAGUGGAUCUGCAGUCAUCUAGAGCAGGUUCAUUCCUGGGCUUUGCAGAUGUACAUAUCAGAGAUAUGGAAUACUGUGCCACACUUGAUGGAUUUGCUGUUGUAUUUAAUGAUGGUAAAGUUGGUUUUAUUACACCAGUGUCGAGUAGAUUUACUGCAGAGCAGCUUCAUGGAGUUUGGUCUCAAGAUGUUGUUGAUGGGACUUGUGUUGCAGUAAAUAACAAGUACCGACUAAUGGCAUUUGGCUGUGCAAGUGGUUCUGUACAGGUUUAUACAAUAGAUACCACCACUGGUGCUAUGCUCCUGUCUCAUAAACUAGAGCUAACAGCAAAACAAUAUCCUGACAUUUGGAACAAAACAGGAGCUGUUAAAUUGGUCAGAUGGUCUCCUGACAAUAGUGUUGUAAUGGUGACUUGGGAAUAUGGAGGCUUUUCUUUAUGGAGUGUGUUUGGAGCCCAGCUGAUCUGUACACUUGGUGGAGAUUUUGCUUAUAGGACUGAUGGUACCAAAAAAGAUCCUCUUAAGAUCAGCUCUAUGAGCUGGGGUGCAGAAGGCUACCAUCUAUGGGUAAUCAGUGGAUUUGGUUCUCAGAAUACUGAAAUUGAGUCCGACCCCAAGAGUAUAGUUAAUCAGCCUGGAAUUCUGCUGUUUCAGUUCAUCAAGAGUGUACUCACUGUAAACCCUUGUAUGAGUAACCAAGAGCAAGUGUUGCUUCAGGGGGAGGAUCGUUUGUAUUUGAACUGUGGAGAAGCCUCACAAACACAGAAUCCUAGGAGUUCAUCUGCACACUCUGAGCAUAAGCCCAGUAGGGAAAAGAGCCCAUUUGCAGAUGGUGGUUUAGAGUCUCAGGGUUUAAGCACUUUACUUGGACAUCGGCAUUGGCAUGUAGUACAGAUUUCCAGCACCUAUCUAGAGAGCAAUUGGCCUAUACGGUUUUCAGCUAUUGAUAAACUUGGACAGAAUAUUGCUGUGGUUGGCAAGUUUGGUUUUGCACAUUACUCUUUAUUGACCAAAAAAUGGAAACUUUUUGGAAACAUUACACAGGAACAAAAUAUGAUUGUGACAGGUGGCUUAGCCUGGUGGAAUGAUUUUAUUGUUCUUGCAUGUUAUAACAUAAGUGACCGUCAAGAAGAGCUCAGAGUUUACUUGCGAACAUCAAAUCUGGACAAUGCCUUUGCUCACAUCACCAAAGCACAAGCAGAAACAUUACUGCUUAGUGUCUUUAGAGACAUGGUAAUAGUAUUUAAAGCAGACUGUACAAUAUGCCUUUACAGUAUUGAAAGAAAAUCUGAUGGUCCAAAUACUACUGCUGGUGUUCAAGUUCUUCAAGAAGUCUCAAUGUCACGCUACAUUCCUCACCCUUUCCUGGUAGUAUCUGUCACUCUAACAUCAGUGAGUACAGAGAAUGGAAUCACCUUGAAAAUGCCACAGCAGGCUCGUGAUGCAGAGAGCAUUAUGUUAAAUCUUGCAGGACAGCUUAUCAUGAUGCAGAGGGACAGAUCAGGCCCUCAGAUCCGAGAGAAGGAUAAUAACCCUAACCAAAGGAAACUUCUGCCAUUCUGUCCUCCUGUUGUACUUGCCCAGUCUGUUGAAAAUGUUUGGACUACAUGCCGAGCAAGUAAACAAAAGCGACACCUUCUGGAGGCCCUCUGGCUGAGCUGUGGUGGUGCCGGAAUGAAAGUUUGGCUGCCUCUCUUCCCUAGAGAUCACCGCAAGCCCCAUUCCUUCUUGUCACAGCGGAUCAUGCUGCCUUUCCACAUCAAUAUUUAUCCCCUAGCUGUUUUGUUUGAAGAUGCAUUGGUCCUUGGUGCUGUCAAUGACACUUUACUCUAUGAUUCUUUGUAUACCCGGAACAGUACUAGGGAACAGCUGGAGGUGCUCUUCCCUUUCUGUGUUGUGGAGAGAACCUCUCAGAUCUACCUCCACCACAUCCUACGUCAGCUGCUGGUCAGGAACUUGGGGGAACAGGCCUUGCUCUUAGCCCAGUCAUGUGCUACACUACCUUACUUCCCUCAUGUUCUAGAGCUCAUGCUUCAUGAAGUGCUGGAAGAAGAAGCUACCUCACGGGAGCCCAUUCCCGAUCCUCUACUUCCUACUGUGGCAAAAUUUAUCACCGAAUUCCCCCUCUUCCUGCAGACAGUAGUUCAUUGUGCCAGGAAGACUGAAUACGCCCUGUGGAAUUACCUUUUUGCAGCUGUUGGAAACCCCAAGGACUUGUUUGAGGAAUGUUUGAUGGCUCAGGAUUUAGAUACAGCUGCCUCUUACCUUAUUAUCUUACAGAAUAUGGAAGUCCCAGCAGUAAGUAGACAGCAUGCUACCCUUCUAUUCAAUACAGCCCUGGAACAAGGCAAGUGGGACCUAUGUCGACACAUGAUUCGCUUUCUUAAAGCCAUUGGCUCUGGAGAAUCUGAAACACCUCCAUCCACGCCUACAGCUCAGGAACCUAGUUCAAGUGGUGGAUUUGAAUUCUUCAGGAAUCGAAGCAUCAGUUUGUCCCAAUCAGCUGAAAAUGUGCCUGCUAGUAAAUUCAGCUUGCAGAAAACGCUAAGUAUGCCAUCUGGUUCUUCGGGAAAAAGAUGGAGCAAAGACAGCGAUUGUGCUGAGAACAUGUAUAUUGAUAUGAUGCUUUGGAGACAUGCUCGGCACCUCUUAGAAGAAGUUCGCCUAAAGGACCUUGGCUGUUUUGCUGCCCAGCUGGGCUUUGAACUUAUUAGCUGGCUGUGCAAGGAACGCACCCGGGCUGCCCGGGUAGAUAACUUUGUGAUAGCCCUGAAGAGACUCCACAAAGAUUUUUUGUGGCCACUUCCCAUUAUCCCAGCCUCUUCUAUCAGUUCUCCUUUCAAGAAUGGAAAAUACCGAACAGUGGGAGAGCAGCUGUUAAAGUCGCAAUCAGCUGACCCAUUUUUAAACCUUGAACUAGACGCUGGAGUCUCUAAUGUCCAACGAAGUCAAAGCUGGCUUGGCAAUGUUGGCCCAGCCCAUCCAGAGAUAGACACAGUCUCAUCACAUGGACCACAAAUGCAAGAUGCCUUCCUGUCACCUUUAUCUAAUAAAGGUGAUGAAUGCAGUAUUGGUUCAGCCACAGACUUGACUGAAAGUAGUUCCAUGGUGGAUGGGGACUGGACAAUGGUGGAUGAAAAUUUCUCCACACUCAGUUUAACUCAAUCAGAGCUGGAGCAUAUCUCCAUGGAGUUGGCGAGUAAAGGGCCUCACCAAUCCCAGGUCCAGCUUCGGUAUUUGCUACAUAUCUUCAUGGAGGCAGGUUGUCUGGACUGGUGCAUUGUGAUAGGCCUGAUUCUUAGAGAAUCCUCAAUAAUCAACCAGAUUUUGGUUAUUAUACAGUCUUCAGAGGUAGAUAGAGAGAUGUUACGCAACAUAAAGACAGGACUGCAUGCAGUAGACCGGUGGGCUUCUACAGAUUGCCCUGGAUAUAAGCCAUUUUUAAAUAUUAUUAAGCCACAGCUGCAGAAGCUAAGUGAUAUAACAGAAGAGCAGGUCCAACCUGAAGCUUUCCAGCCAAUAACAGUGGGUAAGACUCCUGAACAGACAAAUCCUCGGGCAGAGGAGAGCAGGGGCUCCUUGGGGCAUGCAAAUAUCCCUCAGGGCGAAGUUGGAGGUAGCAAUAUGAACAACCGGAAAGAGGAAGACCCAAUUCGAGCAGAAGAGGAACUUUUUCAGGAUGGGACUUACGACUGUUCUGUGUCUUAACAAUAGUGCACCAUCAUCACC